AUGCAGCGCAAGAUGAUACUUCUAUUGGCAUUGGCUGCUAUCGGAGCCGAGGCAUUUGUUCCCGCACAGAAUUCGGUGUCUACUCGAGUUGAAACCUCUGCUCUCAAUUUUGGAAUCCCAACAUUUCAACCCAAAAAGGACGAUGGCGACAAGGGGGGUGAUAAGGAGGAAAAGAUCGGUCUUAAAGGGCUGGCACAACUAAUAACUGCUGGUAUGGGCGCUCCUUUCCUUGGAGAUUUCGAGGGAGUGGAUAAAGAUACAGGGAAAAUGAUGUUCUCUCUUGAAGCUAACAAUCUUGUUGAUGAAGAAGGCAAAAGCAAGCAAACAUCUAUGCCCUACUUCGAAAGCGGCUGGGUAGAUGAAGCUGACCUAGAGAAGGAAAGAAAGCGAAAGGAAGGUGGCUUCAAGUUCCCCUGGCAGAAUUAA